ACACGAGACUCCUGUCUUAGCAAAGCGUUUGCGUCUAGUCCAUGUAGAUGAAGACAUAGUCGCCUUGGACAAACCCUGUUCAUUGCCGGUGCACCCUUGCGGCCGGUACAGGCACAACACGGUGGUGUUUAUCCUGGCGAAGGAGUACCAGCUGAGGAAUCUGCGCACCAUCCACCGGCUGGACAGGUUGACCAGUGGCCUGUUGCUGUUCGGACGCACGCCCAAGAAGGCGCGCCAGAUGGAGCAGCAGAUCAGGAAUCGACAGGUGCAGAAGGAGUACGUCUGCAGGGUCGAAGGCCAAUUCCCGGACGAGGUUGUGAAAAUUUGCGAGCCGAUCGAAGUAGUUAGCUACAAGAUUGGGUUGUGCAUGUCUGCCAAGGGAAAGGAAUGCUCAUCCAAUUCCAUAAGCUGGCUACACCCACAGAGUAAUACUAGUGUAGUUCUGUGCCUGCCUCACUCCGGGCGCAUGCAUCAAAUCAGGGUCCAUUUACAGUAUCUCGGCUAUCCAGUUGUGAACGAUCCAUUGUACAAUCAUACAGUGUUCGGUCCCGAGAAGGGCAAAGGUGGUAGAAUAGGCAAAACCGACGAAGAGUUGAUAAGAGAUCUGAUCAGCAUACAUAACGCUGAGAACUGGCUGGGGAUGGACGGUGACUCUGAACUCUCCAUGUUCAAACCACUGUUCGAAGAUGACGACAAAGGUAGGGGCUGGCUGCCAAUCUUUCAAUUCCGAGCCGCGAGCCGUCGCCGUGUGAGAACGUGUCUCCACGUCGCAGCAGCAGACGCCGCAGUGUCCCGUGAGCGUGCCGGCGCUUGCGACUUUCGCCCGUGUGGCGUCGACCAAGGUGACAGUGGCCACGCAGACUGGCCACGAGGCGCCCGACCUCGUCUUCAACGCGGAGCGCAUGACCUCCGACCCGCAAUGCUACGAGUGCAGGUCAAGUACCGCGACCCCAAGCCCUCCGAUCUCGUCAUGUACCUGCACGCUGGAAGUACAGG